AUGAGGCCCCAACCUGGUAUAUCGACCAACCCACCUAGCGACAUCAGCGCCACACUAUGCAAGCGGGAGGCUGAGGAACUAACACCUGGGGAGAGUAUUGGGUCUAACGGAGUAUCUGUCUGUGUGGUGAGUAAUUGUAAAGUAUCUGUCUGUGUGAGUGAUUGUAAAGUAACUGCCUGUGAAGAGAAUGAUUGUAAAGUAACUGUCUGUGAAGAGAAUGAUUGUAAAGUAACUGUCUGUGAAGAGAAAAAUUGUAAAGUAAUUGUCUGUGAAGAGAAUGAUUGUAAAGUAUCCGUCUGUGAAGAGAAUGAUUGUAAAGUAGCUGUCUGUGAAGAGAAUGAUUGUAAAGUAACUGUCUGUGAGGAGAAUGAUUGUAAAGUAUCUGUCUGUGUGAGUGAAUGUAAAGUAAAUGUCUGUGAACUAAGUAAUUGUAAAGCAUCUGUCUGUGUAAGUGAUUGUAAAGUAUCUGUCUGGGAUGAGUAA